GUUUCCUAUGGACUAAUGAAUAAUACAGGAAACUUGCAGCUUCUGGAUAAGAAUUCACAGGUCUUGUGGGACACUUUCUCACGUCCAAUCGAUACAUUGUUGCCAACUCAAAUUAUGGAGUUAAAAGGCACCCUUACAUCUCGACAGAAAGAUACCAACUUCUCACAAGGAAGGUUUCAAUUUCGCUUGCUUGAGGAUGGUAAUGCUGUGCUUAAUCCUAUAAAUUUGCCUACCAACUAUACUUACGAAGCUUACUACAUAAGUGGCACUCGUGAUGCUGGCAAUGGCACAAACUCUGGUUACCGUGUGAUUUUUGAUGAAUCAGGCUUCUUGUACAUAGAGAAAAGGGGCGGUGAGAGGGUUUAUAUCACUAGCCCAAAUGAUGUGCUCUCAACCGAUUCCUAUUAUUACAGAGCAACCCUCAAUUAUGAUGGAGUUUUCACCAUAUCACAUCACCCGAAAAGUCCAAGCACAAAUCAAAGUUGGACGGUUGUGAAGACAUUACCAGAUAACAUUUGCACGGCUAUGGGAGGUGAGAAGGGUAUUGGUAGUGGAGUCUGUGGAUUCAAUAGUAUCUGCACUCUCAAAACGGACCAAAGACCAAUCUGCAGAUGCCCAGAAGGGUAUUCUCUUCUUGAUUCUACUGAUGAGUAUGGAAGCUGCAUACCAAAUUUGGAACCCGUUUGUCAAGGAAGUGGACAGAACUCGCAAGAAGAUCUAUACUUCAUGAAGGAAUUGCCAAACACUGAUUGGCCUACAUCAGAUUAUGAAAUGUAUAAACCUUACAAUUCAGAAGACUGCAAGGCCUCUUGCUUGCAAGAUUGCUUAUGUGUUGUUUCUAUUUUUAGAACUGAUACCUGCUGGAAGAAGAAGCUGCCUCUCUCGAAUGGAAGAGAGGAUAGAGCGGUAGGAGGAUUCGCUUUCAUUAAAUUGAUGAAAAAUAAUGUUUCAUCAGCAAGUCCUCAAAAUCCAUCUAUACAGGUGAAUGAAAAUAAAAAAGAUCAAGAUACUUUGAUAACUGUGAUAUCAGUCCUUCUAGGAAGUUCUGUCUUUGUCAAUUUCAUUCUUUUCACUGCAGUAUGUAUUGGUUUCUUCUUCUACUACAACAAAAAAAAUUCCACCAGUAAAGUUGUUGCAGAGAGCAAUUUGCGCAGUUUCACCUAUGGAGAGCUUGUGCAAGCAACAGAUAACUUCAGAGAAGAAUUGGGAAGGGGAUCUUGUGGCGUUGUCUUUAAAGGGAAUACAGAUUUGGCUACUAUUGCUGUCAAGAAAUUAGACAAAGUGCUCAAAGACAGCGAUAAGGAAUUCAAAACAGAAGUGAAUGUGAUAGGACAAACUCAUCACAAGAACUUGGUUCGCCUGCUUGGAUAUUGUGAUGAGGGACAACACCGGAUUCUGGUGUAUGAGUUCUUGAGCAAUGGCACUUUAGCAAGUUUCCUUUUUGGAGAUUUCAAACCAAAUUGGAAUCAGAGAGUCCAGAUUGCCUUUGGGAUUGCAAGAGGGCUCGUUUACUUGCACGAGGAAUGCUGCACUCAGAUCAUUCAUUGUGACAUAAAGCCACAAAAUAUACUUCUAGAUGAGUAUUACAAUGCAAGAAUAUCAGAUUUUGGGUUAGCAAAGUUACUGAUGAUUAAUCAAAGCCGCACACAAACUGGCAUUCGAGGAACAAAAGGGUAUGUUGCGCCAGACUGGUUCAGGAGUGCACCAAUCACUGUCAAGGUUGAUGUUUAUAGUUUUGGUGUGAUGCUUCUGGAGAUAAUCUGCUGUAGAAGAAAUGUAGAUAUGGAGUUUGGCAAUGAAGAGAAGGCCAUUUUAACUGAUUGGGCUUAUGACUGCUAUAGAGCAAGAAGAAUUGACAUCUUGGUUGAUAAUGAUGAUGAGGCUAUCAAUGACAUGAAGAGGCUUGAAAGGUUUAUAAUGGUAGCUAUUUGGUGCCUUCAAGAAGAUCCCUCUCUCAGGCCUACAAUGAAGAAGGUUAUGUUGAUGCUAGAAGGGAUAGCUCCUGUUACAGUUCCACCAAGUCCCUGCCCUUAUACUUCUGUUUCUGUUAGUAGCAGUUGA